GCCAGGCUGCCCCUCCACAUCAAAGCGGAGGGCAUAGGGCCCCGGCUCCGCUUCAGCUUCGAGCAGCUGGACAUUGGGAAUGUUUUUGCUGGAUCAGCCCACAGGUGAUCCUGUUUAACAAAGGAGCCAUCGAUGCUCCCUUCAGCUCGAUACCUCCAAGUACAGCUCUGGGCUCCUGCUUCACCUUUCUCCCCUGGAAGGGCAUUAUUUCAUCAGAUGGGCUCCAGGUCAUCAAGAUCUCCUUCAGUUCCACCAUCCUGGGGAAAUUCACAGAAGAAUUCAGGUUCAGGGUGAAUGGAUCCUCUGAGCCUGUGACUUUGGCUAUCAGCUCUGCUGGAAGGCUUCGACAUCUGAGAGAGCACAGCUUCAUAGAGGAGCACAUUGACCGGCAGGUGUCCCCCAUCGAGAGCUUGCGCCUGAUGUGCCUCCUCUCCAUCACGGAGAACGGUGAGGUGUCUGUCUGCUCUGGGCAGGGAAGGUUGGAUCGGGGGCCCUCCAGCCUGGGUGCAGAGCUCACCCUGCUGCUCCCCACAGGUCUCAUCCCCAAAGAUUACCGGUCCCUGAAAACCCAAUACCUGCAGAGCUACGGGCCUGAGCACUUGUUGACCUUCCACAACCUCAAGCGCAUCGGGCUGCUGACCGAGCAGUCGGCCGCAGAGACGCUGACCGCUGUGGAGAGCAGAGUCAGCAAGCUGGUGACAGACCGUGCUGCCGCUGAGAGCCAGCCCUCUGCCCCUGGGGAGCUGGGAGCACAGCCCUGCCCUGCUGGGAGCUGCUGCUCCAGAGCCGGAUGGAAGCACGCAGCAAAAGUGGACACUGCGGGCACAGAGCUACGAGCAGGGCAGAGCUUUGGCCCAUGGGAGCAGCAGGGCUGGCAGGAAAGAUCACAGAUGCAUUUAAUUCUUUGGCCAGAAAGAGCAAUUUUCCAGCUAGAAGCAAGAAGCUGGGGUUGGUAUGUCCUUGUGGAGCUGCUGCCUUGCCCACGUGCCCGCUGGUGCCAGAGCAGCUCUGGUCACUCUGUGCAGGCUGGGCACCCUCAGAGACACACACGGCACAGGGCCAGAGCUGCUGUGGCAGUGGGGUGGCAGAGGGAUACGAGGGAGCAGAGGGGUUCAAGAAUGGCAGAGAGGUUCCAGAAUGGUAAAGGGCUUUGGGAAUGGCAAAGGGGUUCAGGGGUGCCAGAGGGGUUUGGGAAUGGCAAAGGGGUUCAGGGGUGGCAGAGGGGUUUGGGAAGGGCAAGGCGGUUCAGGGGUGGAAGAAAGAUUCCAGAAUGCCAGAGGGGCUCAGGAAUUGCAGAGGGGUUUGGGGGUGCCAGAGGGAGUCAGGGGUGGCAGGAAGGUUCAGGAAUGCUUGAGGGAUUCUGGGAUGCCAGAGGGGUUUGCGGGUGGCACAGGGGUUUGGGGAUGGCAGACAGGUUCCAGGGAUGAUAGUUAGCCUUAAAGAUAGCCCUGCCAUGGACAGGGACACCUACCACAAGAGUCCCACAGCUCUGCCCCACGGUGCUGUGGGGCUGAGUCCCACAGCUCUGCCUGAUGGUUCUGCCUCAUGGUGUUGUGGGGCUGUGUCCCGUGGCUCUCCCCCAGGGUUCAAGUUCAUCUUCCUGACCACGGCCAUCACCAACAGCGCCCGGGUGAUGGAGGCCAUGAUCGAGGCCAAGGCCUGAGGCUGCCAAUAAACAGCUCCCCUGUACCGCUCUGGCUCCGGCUCCAGCUCUGCCUUAGGGGUCAUAGAAUCCUGGAAUGGUGUAGGUAGGAAGGGAGCUCAAAGCCCAUCAGGGUUCGGCAAGCCCCAUCCAGCCUGGCCUAGAGCACCUCCAACACGAUUUAUUUGAAGAUGAUGGCUUAAAUGGCCUUCAUGGCACAGAAAUGCUCCUAUUGUUCAAGCGGUUGCCCUUUGCUCUUCCACCAGUCUCUUUUUAAGGCAAAUGGCUUCAGUUUAGCGAAAACAAUCGUGCUUUGAGGAACACGGCGACCUGUGUCACCCGUUAAAUGAGAUGAAAGGUGGAAAGAUGGAAUGGCUUGGGUUGGAAGGGACCUUUAAGGCCAUCCAGUGCCACCCCCUGCCUUGGGCAGGGACACUGGAUCCUGUUGCUCCAAGCCCCAUCCAACCUGGCCUUGAACACCUCCGGGGAUGGGGCAGCCAUGGCCCCCCUGGGCAACCUGGGCCAGGGCCUCCCCGCCCUCACGGUGAAGAAUUUCUCCCUAAUGUCUGAUGUAAAUCUUCCCCGUUCACUUUCAAGCCGUUCCCCGCGUAGUGCCGGGUGUCCCGGGACGGUGGGUCCUGCGGGAGAGGCGGGAGGACCGGGGUCCCCUGGGCCAAUGGAGAGAGGGGCGUCCCCGGGUGACCCCUCCCACCCCGCGGCGAAGGAGGAGGGACAUCCCGCGGUGCCCCCUCCACCCCGCGCGCACGGCGCAUGCGCAGCGCGGCCCGAGC